AUGGCGAAAACGCCGCUCAACAAGAUGUUGCUCCCGAAUUACUCACCGAGAUUUUAUCACAGCACGGGCGGCUCAGAGAGCACCAAGUGCCUCUUAGUCGACGAGAGCAUCGAAAAUUCUAACGAAUAUGCUUUGAGAGGCAAGAACAAAGCAUCUACUUUACGUCGCGGGCUGAAGUGGAUUCAGGGAGCAUACCAUACACUCAGGGGAGAGUCCUUGCAGGAAUUGAGCACCGUUGGGGCCUCAGAAAGCGACAUUGUGGUCGCUCUCCCCAGCGAGCAUGGCAUCACCUGCGGUGAUUGCGAGACCUAG